AAUUCGGAGAUCGUUUGCUAUGAAAGAUCUAGAUCUCUCGGAGGAAUCUGGUGGUAUCGGCCCGACGAAACUGAACAAACAACGGUCAUGGAGUUCACCGUCACAAAUACGUCGAAAGAAAUGAGCAGCUUCAGCGACUAUCCGCCCAGCCCUGAUUUUCCGACUUAUCUGCCACACAAAAUGAUGUUGAAGUAUCUAACAGAUUACGCGGAGCACUUUGGAGUGACGGAACGCAUUCGUUUUAACCAUGCGGUUCACAAGAUCGAGAAGCUGCCCAACGCGAGAUGGAAAGUGGUCGUCAAGGACCUCGACCGAAGCGCUGGGAGCUUUCGCGAGGAAGAAUUCGAUGCGAUAAUGGUUUGCAUCGGUCAUCACAGCAUACCAAAAAUGCCCGAGUUCCGAGACCGAAAUCUGUUCAAAGGUCGGAUAAUCCAUGCGAAACACUAUAAAAACUCUGAUGGUUAUCGAGGGAAGGCUGUCCUGGUCGUAGGUUUCGGCAAUUCCGCUGCUGACGUAGCUUGCAGUUUGGUGGGACUCGCUGAUCAGGUCCACGCGAGCAUACGCCGCGGCACUUGGAUGCUCCCGAGCCACAUAUCGGGAAUUCCGGUCGAUUUCUGCUUCUUCCGACGCUUCGCACAGGCUUUACCGAAACGAAUCGGAGACUUCCUCUUUCAUAAACAACUCCAAGACGCCUUCAAUCAUGAUCUCGUAGGCUUCACACCGGAGCACUCACCGGCUUCGCAACAGGGUACAGUCAACGACCUCCUCCCAAGAGCCUUACUGGCGAAGCAAAUUCUUCUACAGCCUCCGAUCAACAGGUUCACGGAAAACGGAGUGAUUUUCCAGGGUUCCGAGUACGAAGUCAACAUCGAUGAGGUCGUGGUGGCGACAGGAUAUCGUCCGGAUAUUCCUUUCAUCGAGAGUCGUAUCUAUGGCAAGCAAAACGAGGCAGGCGAUGUUGAACGUUUGUUGCUGUACAAGGGCAUGUACUCCCUCACCGAAGACACGAUAGCUUUCCUCGGAAUGGUAGAGGCCGCGGGGAAUCUCGGACAAAUGUUCGAAAUGCAGGCACGACACGCAAUGGCUGUGUUCAACAAGGAGAUCGAUCUGGUAUCAUCGAAGGUGAUUCGCCGUAGGGCUGUCAUGCAGGAUAUCGAAAGCAUCAAAUCGAAGUUCAUCAGCGACUCGGAUCGUCAUUCCGCGAUGGUCAACAAAAUGGAAUAUAUGGAUAUGCUCGCAGAGGAUAUCAAAGCUAAACCUGACUGGUGCACUAUGAUGUGGACGGAUCCCUACCUAUUCUAUAGAUGCAUUUUCGGACCUCUGCUCCCUUAUCAAUACAGACUCGUUGGUCCUUAUUCGUGGCCGGGAGCUCGGAACGCCAUUCUGUCAGCGCCCGAGAAUCAGUUCAAGGGGCUCCGACCGAUCCGGCCUCUGCCGAAAACAAUCGCAUCGCCAUCGCUCAGUCCUCAGACUAUUCUACUGAUAAUUUUUCUCCUCGGUCUCACUAUCCUUGUGCGGAUCUUCUAGACUUACGCAUGACCGAUUGACAGGGAAAGCCUAUUCACUUCGUGGAACCCCCCUGGAAUUUUGGUGAAUAAAUCAGCUCUCUCUCUGGAGCACCGUCCGUCUCA